AUGCCCGAGCAUGGCUUCCCGAAAUCACUGAAUAGCAAAGCCAUGUCGUACUUCAAGGGCGAUCGGAAGUAUUUUCACGACUUGAAUAAAGGAUCAUUACACGAGCUUCGCGUUCAACUCGUAUCUGAGAAAACGUCCCACAAGAAUUGCGCGCUGAAGCGGAUCAUAGCAGGGAUGACGAUCGGAAAGGAUGUUAGCUCGCUCUUCCCGGAGGUCGUCAACUGCAUGCAGACGGACAACAUUGAGCUCAAGAAACUCGUCUACCUUUAUUUAAUGAACUACGCGCGAAGUCGACCCGAUUUGGCGAUUCUAGCUGUCAACACGUUCAUCAAGGACUCCGAGGACGCUAAUCCUUUGAUUCGAGCGCUCGCCAUCCGCACAAUGGGCUGUAUUGACGUUGAUGAGAUCACGGAGUACUUAGCGGAACCCUUGCGUCGCUGCCUUCAGGAUGAGGAUCCAUAUGUUCGAAAGACAUCAGCAAUCUGCGUGGCAAAAUUGUACGAACUCCGGCCCGAGCAAGUCAUUGAUCUGGGGUUUGUCGAAUUGCUGCUUGGCUUACUGUCCGACGCGAAUUCAAUGGUCGUCGCAAAUGCGGUUGCUGCCCUUUCUGAAAUCAACGAAAAGCAGCCGCUGACCACUCAAUUGGUCAACAACCUCCUGACGGCGCUCAGCGACUGUCCAGAAUGGGGCAAAGUGUUCAUACUUGAAGCCGUUGCCACUUUCAAGACCACUGACGACUACGUUGCCCAAAAUAUUUGCGAACGCAUCGCCAGCGAACUGUCUUCCACAAAUGCUGCUAUUGUGUUUCCGACACUUCGAAUUCUCCUAAACCAUAUGCAUUUGUUGCGCACCAAAUGCGAAUUCACCGAACAACUCCCUCGGAAAUUCACGGCGCCCUUGGUCACUCUUCUCGCUGCCGAGCCGGAAAUCCAGUUUGUAGCCCUUCGAAUCAUUCAAUUGUUUGCUCGAAAAUCUCCGGAACUUCUCAGGCGCGACCUGAAAGUAACUAAGAAGCUGGACGUGCUUGUGCGCCUCGUGGAUCAGACGAAUAUUGCGAUGGUGCUCUCUGAGCUGAAAGAGUACGCAACGGAGGUGGAUGUUGAUUUCGUCACUAAAUCCGUCCGGGCAAUCGGUCGUUGUGCCAUCAAGGUGGAGGAGAGUUCGGGUAAUUGUGUCUCUACGCUGUUGGACCUGAUCAAAACGAAGGUGAACUACAUUGUGCAAGAAGCCAUUCUCGUCGUCAAGGAUAUAUUCCGCAAAUAUCCCGGCCGCUACGAAUCCAUCAUUGGGAUUUUAUGCGAAAACCUCGAAUCUUUGGAUAAACCGUCAGCGAAGGCUUCGAUGAUUUGGAUCAUUGGAGAGUACGCCGAGCGCAUCGAUAACGCCGACGAAUUGCUGAACGGCUUCCUGGAGGCGUUCAAUGACGAAGCGCCCUCGGUGCAACUGCAGCUUUUGACGGCCGUGGUCAAGCUGUUUCUGAAGUGCCCCAGUGAUACCCAGCACUUGGUCCAGAAAGUGCUGGCCUUGUCCACCGAGACGAGCUACAACCCGGACCUACGUGACCGAGCUUACAUCUACUGGCGUCUGCUUUCCUCGGACCCGGAAAUUGCCCGCCAAGUCGUCCUCGCCGAGCGACCCCUCAUCAGCGAGCCAUCCGACCUGCUUGAACCCAGCCUUCUCGAUGAGCUGCUGCAGCAGAUCGGCUCAUUGGCGUCCGUCUACCACAAGCCGGCUCACAGCUUCGUCGAUACAACUCGGCGACCUCGUGAAGCUACGGUCGAUCUUAGUCUCGAAGAGAUCAACGCCGACGAGAUCCCCAACGACUGUCCCCUCUUUACCCUC